AUGGCUGCCAUCUACUCAGGUAUCCACCUGAAACUGAAGAGUCCUCAGACUCCAUGGGAGGAUAAGUUGAAGCUCGCUCGUUUUGCCUGGAUCUCCACUCAGUGCCUUUUGCCCAACAAGGAACAGGUAACAGCUGGGGACAUGUCAGAAGACAAUGCCACAUGUGUUUUUGUCAGGAAAAAUAAUACUGCAUCUGACUUACAACCAGUUGAGAAUAACGACAGAGAUAGUGGUCUUCUUUUUCUUCAAUAUCUUUUACUUGCGAGGAGUCAGCAGCUUACAACAAAGGCAGCUUCCUCUGACUGAGGAAUUCAGAUUUUUGCACAUCCUGUAUGCAGUCAAUAAACAGACACAUUCGCCCACUAACAUCAUCUCACAAGUGGCAUGACAUUACAACAGUAUCCAAAUAGGGUAAAGGUUGCAGCUGUGGUCUGUACUGGGAAGACAAAGACAGCUUAGUUCAUCAUCAGGUUCCUGCUUAUCAGGUCAAUAUCACACUGUUGGGAAAACAACCUGUGAGUGAAAUUAUAGCAUUCAUCUAGUUGCAUGACUUCAGCGGAAACGUAUCAGUCCCAACUCAAAGGCCAUACUCCUCCUUUCCCAUGCUCAUUAAAAAGAAACAGAUAUAAUCCUGCGAGCAUUCACACCAAGUGAUUUUCAGUAAAUGAUGAUUAACAUACAUAUAUAAUGAUAAAAUACACGUGAUAGCAUACACAUACAAUUUUUCUUUCAGUUUUUAUACUGUUAAAUAUUUUCAUAGAUAAGGAUAAGAUAAGAUAAGAUACUCCUUUAUUAAUCCCACAAGGGGAAAUUCCCAUUUAGAGUUCAUCCUUUCCAAGAAACACACAGUAGACAGAUGCAUACAGGGUGACAGGAACAGGAGAACUGUGGUGGCAUAGUUCUGAUAUUUGGCACCAAAAAUUGUUGCAGACAUUUGUUAGGGAGUGCUAUUUUCCCCCCAAGUUUUAUCUUAUAAUUUGGGAUGAAAGAUAUUAUCAUCAUGCUAUUGGUAUCUGUAGAUAAUAGCUUAAAAUGUUCAUUACCGGUAACUGCAGAUCUGAACAUUUCUGCAGACACCAAUAAUCAACUUUUAUCUGUUGCUUUGUCACAUGCACAAAAUUGAUGCAUGACCGUUUUGGCUGAUAAAAGUCAUGUGCUCUCGAUGACAGCUGACCCAUUUUGGUUGGACAGAAUUGUCUGGGAGUGUUGGAAACAGCCAGCAGAUGCAAUAUUGAAUGUCUAUAUUGAAACUAUGUAGUAUCUUUAUGUUUAUCAUCUGUGGUAGAAUCAAAUAAUGUUUGUCCUGAUUUAUUUGUGGUUCUAAGACAGACUGUCACAAUAAGAGAAACGGGUCAACUCUAUUGUAGGAGAGACUCUGUGUUCUCUAUGAUGAAGAAAAAUAUGUAUCUAUCUGUACUAAUAUCAGUAAUAGCCAAAAUGAGUUUGGAAAUUUCAGCAUAUUGGAUGUCUGCAAAAAUUCAUGAUUGUGCAUCCCUAUUUAUAACUUGUAUUACCAAUAGAAUUUGAUAUAAUUGGUCAUUUUUUAUCACUUGUCGAUAAAUGUUUUCAACAUUUUCUUCUCUGUAAAGAUGUGUUUUUAUUUUAUUUAUUUUUUUUAAAUCAAAGGGAUCAAAACUUUAUUUGGGAAUUCACCAGGGGCCGUAUGCACGUUGCUUGGCAAAACGCGUUUAGCGGGCUAAACACGUUUAACUCCUAAACGCCAAAAAUGUCGGUAUGCACGUCACUUCGUAUAGCCGUUCCCAGAGCAGUAGAUUAAAACAUUGUUGUUUAAAUUGUUUUAAUCUACUGCUCUGGCCGUUCCUAUACGGAUUUUCGCGUUUAAAGUUAUCGCACCUCUGGGGGUCCAAUAGCGGGUCUAAACGCGUUUAAAUAUGGCGGCACUCUUGUUGUUCCAAGGAAGACAGCAGCGACAACUGCGUCGAAACAGGAUUUUUCGUGACAGAAAACACCCCUUCGACACGUAUGACGACCACGAAGUGUUCCGUAAGUUUAGAUUUCGACGGCACCAUAUUCUCGACCUCACACAGGAGAUUUCCGCUGAAAUUGAACUUUCAAACCAAGGAUUCACCCUCACUCCACUACAACAAGUCCUCGUAACCUUACGGGGCCGUUCUCAACCGAAAGUACACAACACUUAAAACAGACCGGUUGACCCAAUUCUAUGAAUAUCUUUACCGUUUAAGACACAGUAAACGCGGUUAGCUAUACGGUUCCGUUUACAGCAUUGUGCAUACCAAAAUCGUAUAGGAACUAAACGCGUUUAAGGCCCGUAUAACUAAACGCGUUUAAGCCCUAAUCGCGUUUACGCUAAACGCUUUCAACGUGCAUACGGGCCCAGGACUCUUUCAGGUUGCUUGUCAUUCAUUUAUGUUUCUGUUUUGCUUUUGUCUCGUCUCUUUUCUACUGUAGGUGCUGGUUGACUGGUGCACACAUGCUCUGACAGGAUGGUACAAUAAGAAGGUGGAGUUUCCUGAGAAGGUUCUGGAGGGACUUUGGUGUUACCUCGAUGAUCUGCUUCACAGCCGCAAGCUCCACUCUCUUCUCAAGCAGGGCAAGACCAUCAGCCUGAGGCUCAACAUGGCACAGGUGAGCUGCCAAUACCAACCACCUUUGAUGUUUUACAGUAUAGUCAUGUGUCAGAUUCGUGGUUUAGUUCUAGAAAGUGGCUAAUAUGGACGUUUAUCAGUUUUUUAAAAUGUCUUUGGUCUAUCUUCUCCAGUUGCUGCUUGACCGUCUUCAAGAGUGUGCACGUGUUGGCUCCACGUCACCAGUGUGUGUCUCCACCAUCCUGAGUGUGUAUCGGGGUCUUCUCUCUGCUCCUGCACUCUCAGCUGUUUUCACCACAAAGUAUGAACUCAUGGUCGAUCUCUUGGCCAAGUUUUGCUCUUUAGCCUGUCGUGAGCUGCAGCAGCCAUCGCCCACUGAACCUCUAAAAACUGAGUCUGUCACAUGCCAGGAUGAGGUGAUGGAUGAAGGUCUUCAAACUCAAUCUUCAAGUAAUUUGGAGAGUUCUCAGGUUGGAUUGAUCACAGAGAACUCCUCAGACCAGAAAGAGUUCGAUUCAAACAAACCUGCUUCCAAGUCAAAGAAAGCAGCUGAUCUGUUUGAAGUGUUGCUUCAGGUCCUGUCUUGUUAUUUGUCAGUUCAGCGGCAACAAGCCAAUCCUAACAGAGUCUUUACCAUGGUAACCAACCAACUGAUCCAGCCGCUGGUCCUGCUGAGGCACCUUCUGACCUCAGGGGAGUUUUCACCUUCUCACACACAACUGGGUCUCCGUCAGCAGCUGUGCAGGGACCUACGCAUCAAGAUAGACUCCAUCCUCCAGUUUUCUCUUUUCCCCUCUGAGCACCUGACCUCCUACAAGGAGGAGCUCCUUCCAGCCAAAGAGGAUUCUGGGAAACGUGGUGGAGUAAAAGGUCCUUUGAAGCCUGUCACUGCCAUGCUUUCCAAACUCAGCAGCCAGGGUUACUGUGAGAUAUCGCUACACUACGCUGUAAAGUCAAACACACUGCCGCUGCUGUUUAAAUUCUUCCUGGAAGGCUACGGAAAAGGAAGAGGGGACAGUGAGGAAGCACAAAAGAUGCUUUGUUUCUAUUUCCUCACCAGGCUGGUUCCAGUCUUGGAUGUAAAUCUUGAUGAACACUUACUAUCUCCUGCCAAAGCACAGCAGUCGGUGUCUGUGUCUCCUGGGCAGGAAUCUCCCCCAGCAUCCCCCUGUUCCCCAGAGAGCUGGGGUCUGACUCUGCUGGCUGUGGAGUCCCUGCUGAGCCAGGCUCUCUCAGCAGAUAUUUACAAUGUAGCAGCAGACAGGAUCAGACAUGGAGAGGUACAGCUGAACUUUUAUAGAGCUGUGGGACAAAUGCUCUACAACCAGGCCCAGCCAAGGUACAUAAAAACCUCCUCUGUAAAUAGUUUAAGUGACUUUUGAAGGUGCUUAAUGUUUAACCGAUGAUUGAACGCUGAGCUCUGGAUGAUGUUAUUUUUUUGGUCUUGUGCUCAAGUUUUUCUUCUUCUUUUUAGCAUCCCAGCCUGGUAUCGUUGUUUGAAGGUGCUGCUGGGUCUUAAUCAUCUGAUUCUGGAGCCGGAGCUGGACCAGCUGUUAUCUUCAGCCUGGGUUAACUCUGAAUGCAUGGAAACACGAGUACAAAAGGCCAGACAGGUCAGGUUUGAUUGUUAUUUUCAUUUCUUCUUUAAGCCACUCCAUGGAUCCCUGAUCCCUCUCAGUUAUCAAGGAGGAGGGUGUUGCGUGUGGUUGUUAUAACUGAUUUUGUUUUGUACGGUUUGUGAUUUGGCUGAUCCACUUAUUAUAAAAUAGAAACUGCAAGUCAUUAAAAAGACCAAGGGCUGGCCAUGCCAACAAAACAUGUGGCUAACAGAUUAAAUCAAAAUAAAAAACAGAAGAUGGAAAAAAAUAAAGACAAGCAUGCGGAGAAAGACUUCAAGCUAACAUGAGACAGUUUUAUGAACCUUUUACACGAUAAAACAUUAUCCCAAAAGAAAAGAUGAAGAUGGAGAAUGUUGUCCACAGAGCCCCACAGAGCCAUUAAGAUAAUUGUAUAUUUUGUCACACUUGUUGAACAUUCCAGGAACUUGUUAAAGGGACUACAAACACAUAGCUUAAAAACUGUUUGGGGACUGGAUUGAACGGUUUCAUUAGAAUCAGUCGAUACUUUAAGCUACUGAGAUGCUUGACCCAGAGUAACCUGGUUGAUGCGCCGCUCCUGAGUUUUACCAUGAGUUGUGAUGAUCAUUGAAAGUCCGGACGCUGUUCCUCAGAUUUAACAAACCAAAAAUUUAUUGCAAAGAACAUAACCAAAUCCAUUUUGCAAUUGAUAUCCAACACUGAACAAACAAGGAAAACGCUGGCACUUAGCGCCACAACGGUCAAGAACCUUUUGCCCUUACGGGUUAAACACCUGCCCACAACAGUGACGUAGCUACCUUUAUCCCUGAGCCCCUGGAUAACAGGACAGCGACACCCAAGGCACACAAAGUGAUCUGCAACUCAUAAGAUGUAUCACAGCAACAUAUUUGGCUCCUACAGGCACAUUACCAAGCGCUGUGGAUUUCACCCCUGAUAGUGAUGUUUUCAUUAUUCAAGGGUUUUUUUGACUGAGAGAAAAUGUUUUUUCCCCAACAGCUCUUGGUAUGCAGCCUCCUCGAGACUUUCACAAAGCUCCGUCAGCUGCCUCGCCUCUUCUGUGAGCUGCUCUCUGUCAUCUGUCAGCCCGCCCUGGAUGCUCUUCGCCCUCCCCUGCUCUCUGACGGUGUCUCUGCCUCCCUCAAGACUUGCCUUUUAGACACUCCCCCUUCACAGAGCCUUGAGAUCUGCUCAUCAGUGCUGGAGAGCAUCAGGAGACACGUACUCUGUGACCUUGAGAAGGGGGACAGUGAGGCAGAGAGGAUGGAGGUGGAUGGAGGAGCUGAUGGUGACAAGAUCAACCAGGAAAAAGAGGAUGCCUCUCUGAAGCUGUUCUCCCUCAGCCAGCUGCUUCAUGUGGUCAUGUUCAGUCUGAGGACUCUUGAUAAUACCUCUCCUCUUCCCAUUGUGAAGAAGAGUCAGGGGCUGAUGGAGGAGAUGCAACAAAUAGUGAAAGAGCUGCUAAAUCUUUUGUCUAGAGAAGUGAAGGCUGUAAAAAUCAACAGAAAGUCGGCUCAGAAGACUCCAAAGAAAAGCAAAAAGAGUUUGGAUCAAAAUGUGCCUGAGAAAGUGUUAGAGUCUAAAAUAGAGGCACCAUGGGAACAGAGGACCCAGGAGGCUGCUCUCCUCCUCAGAUACACUUGGGUGGAAGUGGACACACUCUUCUUCAUCCAUUGUAGCAAAUACACAACUCUUGACUCAGCUCAAACAGCUGCUCCAGGUGAGACUGAAGCUCUCGCUCCAGCCUUGAGACAAAUUGAGGGUCUUCUAUGCGGUGAGAUUUCUCCUGCACGUCUUCAGCCAUCCUGCAGCCCCAUGAGCCGUCUGCUGCUCAAACUCCUUACUUUGCAACAGAUAAAGAAAGUCCUCCUAGACUCCUCCUUACUGUCUGAACCUGGCACUGCUGCUCUACUAAACAAAGCGGCCCACUUUAUUCUGGCUAAAUCAGAAUUGGAGACAGGUCAGGGUGGAGAGCAGGUGUGGGACGGGGAAAUAGGGAGUGUGAACUCCUGCUCCUAUCCUGCUGCUCACUGGUAUGUAGUCACGUCUAAUUUGCCUCUAAUAGCCCCCUACCUGAGUGGAGAAGAUGUGGGCAGCAUGGUGGAAGUGCUAUUCAGUUCUGUCCUGAGCAGAGAGACAUGUGGAGGGAAGGACCCGCCACCCGGCUGUUAUACUGUCUCCCUUGUUUCUUCUCAGCUUCUCCAGAGCCCUGUCCUCGCAGAGUUACCGUCAUUGUUCUCUGCUGCAGUCACAUCCCUCACACAGAGAAUUACGGUAGUUCUCAAGGCAGGACAUGCACCCAAGAUCUGUCCAAGGUUCCUGAAGUUGCAGGAGAAAGAAGCUUGCUCCACACUUGUGAACAAAGAGACUUUAGUCGGGGAUAUUUUGGCUUCCUCAGAGACUGGAGAGGUGUCUAUUUUACUGACUGACACACAGGUGAAAGAGCUGGUAAAAUCACUCCAAAUCUUGACUAAACUAAACCCAGAUGGAAUGAGCUCUGAGGAUCUCCCCUCUGUUUUCCUCCUCCUCCUCUUCAUGCUCACCUCCACCUCUCAGCAGUCAGACCAGGAUGCUGUGGACCCUCCUGAACCUCGAGAUGGUGCUGUUUAUCCAGUAAAACUGCUCAGGAUUCUGACCUGUCUCUUGGAAGGGAGAAAUUUCUCAAGUGUGUUGAAAAUAAUCCACGGCGGCACCCUGCUGCAGGCUGCUGUGUCGUCUUUUCUCGCGCAAAGCAAAGAUGGAAGAUUUCGAGCCUUUAGCAGCACUGAUUGGUUGGAACUGAUUAAAGCAGUGCAGAGCUUUGUUAGGUGCUUGGUCCAGUUGAUAAUAAGCAGAAACAGCAGCGUGAGGCUAAACUUGGACCAGUUUGCCACCUAUCUUACCCAAGUUUCAAGCAAGCAGAUUGCUGCUUCGUGUUCAGGAGCUGUUCAUCUCUUGCUGGCAUCGCUCUCCUCUUUCUGCCAGGUGAUGAAUUCUAACCUUGGCAGGAGUAAACCGAUGGAUCAGACUUUGACCCAGAUGCUGACAAGAAUGACCACUGCACUGGGGCCUGCUGUCGAGUCUGUGCUGAAGCCUCAGACUGUCAGUCAGUCAGCCCUGCAGCCGACCAGCGCCCUCAGUCAGGCAUUCAUAGUAGAGGUUGUUACUGUGAUGCUGCAGAGUGAGCUGUCCGCUCUGUCAGUGGAGGAUGAAAAGCAGCCCACCCUCAGCCACAUGUGUCUCUAUCAGAGCUUCUGCCAGCAGAUCCUCAAAGAGAUAAGUUCUGCCCACAGGCCCAUGGACUUCUUGGUUUCCUCUCUCCAUUUCCUGUCAGUUUUCUACACAGCAGUGAGGAAAACAGGAGGAGAGGGCGAGCAGGAGGAGGAAGGAGAGGAGAAGAAGAGACGAAAGGAUGAGCUGUACAUGCAGACGCUGCAAACUCUUCACAGGCUGCUAACAGGUACCUGGACCUACAUGACAAACAUCAUCUGUGCAACCACCAGUCAGUGUUUUCAGUUUGUACAAAAAGCAAAAAUGACUCAUGAAGGACACAGGUUUGCGAAGGUGGUUUGGUUUAUUCCAUCCCAGCUGCUUCAAAUUUUUUUAUUGAAAUGGCAGAAAUAUUAAAAAUGGUACAAGCAUCAUCUCAUCAAUUCUGGUAUUUAGUAUUUGACCCUCAGUAUACUGUUUUCCAGUACAACACUGUAAGCUGCAGCCUUGUGUAUUUUAAUGAUUACCCCUUUGAAACUGUUCAUUGAAAUUAAACAAACUCAGAAGCAAAGCCAUUACCAAAAAUGAAUAUCUCUGGAACAUAUGAGUCAUGUCGAAAGACAAAAAAGGGACUUGUUUUUCAAUCUGACCUUCAGCCCUUUGUCCUUGACAAGCAUCUGAUUUCUUUUUACAAUUUCUUUGAACCUGUUUAUUAUUUUAUUUUUUUAUUUCAACAUGAGUCUUUUUUUUUGAGGGCCAAAACACUUUGCAUUGUACCUUUUUAUAAAUGAAGAGCAAAUUAUUUAUGUUUAAGAAGCCAGGAGGUGUUUUUUUUAUGAUUCUGUUAUAUACAUAAGCUGCAGCUGUUUUGAUAGAAGAGAUCUAACCCCUUAAACAGAUUUAGCCGGCUAAUUAGAAGGUCCAAGUUUGUUUACUGCAGUAAUAUGUAAUGUCAAUAUUGAUUAAACCACUCUAUCUAUUAAAUCCUUUGUUGUAUGUAUGUUAUGUAAGGAAUUGUUGUUACAGUGAAUAUAACAUGUUUUUCUUUGCCUCCAGCUUCUUGGCUGUCCUCCAAUGAUGUUUCUGAGCUGGAGCCAGCUGUGCAGGAGCUACUGCGCCACCUGCUGGAAAAGAGCACCACAGGCCAGCUGAACCUGCUGCUGCUGCUGAUCAAAGAGGGACUGGACAUCAGCAAACUGAGGGCAGGAAACUACAAGGUAAGGGUUUCCUCUUUUUUAUCUUUUGUAUUAAGGUAUAAUAUCUUAUCUGUUUCAUGUGAUAAACCCCACAUUUAAAUGAGAGAUUGGCUUUUAAUUCACAGUGAAUCACACUUUCUGUGGCUCUAUAUAGUACACCUUAAAAUGAGCUGUUCUCACUUUGCUCUGCUGCUGUUUUCCAGGAGGUGUUAUCUGCUGUCAUCAUCACUAAGCUGCUGUCCUGUUGUCAGUUACCUGAGCCCUGCUCUAAAGCUCUGUGGCUCAUUACACCACAGAUAAUAUCUGCUAUGGUGGUGAGGAAAAUAUACACACACACACACUCAAAAGAAACACAUACACUCACACUUAUUCCUAGUCACAUCAUUGUGAGGGAAUGCAUGAAAUGAUCUCCUUCAGAAAGCACACAAACACAUAUGUUUUAAAAUUUGUUUAGCUUGAACAGCACUCGAACAAAUGUUUUGAUUUUGUUGGACGGUGUUAGGAUCUCUUGAUUUUUUUUGUCUUUUGAUUUGUUUUAGUCAUAUUAGAUCCUAGACUUUUUGAAAACUGUGUGAAAAAUGUCCAGAUCUGAGAACCCCAUCUUUGAUUGUAGUUUCUUUUCAAAACUGGCAGGUGGAGCUGCUGAAGUUUUUGUUAUGAAUCCAAAUGUCCUUUUUACAAAGUCACCUCUUUACAUACUCAGUUUUAUAUCAAAAGAGUGAGAACAUACUCACUCUUCCUACAUGCUUUAAGUAGGAGUACUUGUUAAACCGAAGUAUUCCGUUAAGACGCUGAUAGGGUUUUUAUUACAUUGUAUGAAUGUCUUUAUCAUAAGAAAUACAUGUGCAGGUAAGGGGAAAUUAUAAGGCGUGGUCUCCUAGAGGGAAAUGUUAAGACAAGCUAAGAGCAGAACCCUUUUGAGUUUUUUUUUACAGUCUACUCUUAAGCCACACAUUAGUAACAAUUUAAGUGACAGUUUGCUGGACGUGCAUGUGACAGCCGUCCAGAGUGACUCAGCAGCCAAAAUGACAAUCACAGUCUGCUGAUUUCCGUUGGAGUGCCUGUUCAUUGUAAUUUCCUCUUUAAGUCAAUGUGUUUUCCAUCAGGCCUGCUGGGUGGAGCAGACAGGCAACAUGGCAAUCUGCUUAAGCAUACUGCUCUAAACACACACACACAGGCACACACACACACACAGCACUGCACUUGAAUAUGCUAACCAUGCUGUUUGUCUCUCUUAGCCGCUCUCACUGACUCCAUAUGUCUGUCAUCUGUCUGAUCUUUAUUGCUCAUAUUUUCUCCAGCGUUUUAUCUUUAUCAAGUGUCAGAGGAGGAAGCCCUAAAUCAUCUAAAUUUAAUGCCUUUCAAAUAUUAAUGUGUAAGAGCAGUAGGAAAUUUGUCAUGUUUUUGUUGCAACAAGCGCAUGUUUUCAGUGGAUAUGGAGUUUGAUAGUUAGAUAGCUCUGUUAUAGUUUGUUCCAUCACGAAGCUUCAGGAAAAACACAAUAACAGAUGAGAAAUAUACCUGCCUUGUAUUCAUGGCUCUGAUCUGCUGUAUUACUGUCAUAGUUAUAUCAUAAUGUUUUUCCUCUGUGCAAAUCUCUCUCUGUUCCAGUUCUUGGUGAGAUCGUCCAGUCAGGACAUCUCUCUGACCCACCCCUUUACUGUUCCCACGGUGACGUCUAUGACAUCGCUGCUGCGUCAGGGUGAGGGGCAUAUCACAAAUCCUCAUCAUGUCAUCCUGGUCCUGGAGGCUCUUCAGGCCGUACCCCUGGACCACUUAGCCCCACCCGUUUACCAGUCUGCAUUCCUGGCUGUCCACGAGGCGCUGUUUGCCAUCAUCCAGUGUCACCCUCAGGUAGGGGGUUGGGGUGGAGGGUCCCUGUUGAUUCUGUGAACGGUAGUUGUGAUUUGUUUUAAUGCAAAUAAAAUUUAGCAAAUAGACUUGCAGUGAUUUAUCUCUCUGCCUUUGGUUGGCAGACAUUAAACGUUAUAUCAAUCUGAUCUGGAAGAUGAUAAACAAAACAAUAUCACCAGUGUAGUUGUUUUUAUGUUGUUUUUUUUUUUCUUUUUACUCCAUUGUGUUCCCCACCUUUUUAGUCCAAACUAUACCACCAUUUAAUGGUUAAAGAUGCAAGUUUGAAUCCAUGAUCUUCAAAAACUUGUAAUAUUUGUCUUGAUCCCUGCCCGUGAAUCUACAGGAUGCCCCUGAGGACAGUCUUGCUCACUUUGAACAAAAGGAUAUUGCGGCUCACAGAGUCCCACUGCAGCUGCUUGAAAACCACACAGUAUCUAAAUUAUCUGUUUUUCCUGAGAGAGCCUGCUCUGCCCCUUAAGUGUGAAAAAGUGCAAAAAAACCUCACAUAUAUAUAUAACCUUCAGAUUAGAAAUCCAUAUUCCAGCUUGAACGCUGGUGAUUUUGGUGUUAGGUUUAACCGUCUUAUUGUCAUCAUUUUUUAGUUUCUCGCCUUCUUUCUGAUUUAUUUUAAGUUUUUCUGUCAUAAAGAGAGACAAAGGGUGACUAAGUCAGCAGCUGCACUGAAUUAAACAGAGCAAGGACCAGCAAACUGACAUCAGAUGUUUUCAGCGACAAAACGGACUUGUAAAGGCGACCAGCUGAGAGGGGAGGAAGGGGUAAGGUGACGUUAAGAGGAGAACAGAGGAAAGGGAGAGAAUAUUUAUUGAGGAAGAGAAAGAAAUCAAAAGAGAAGUGAUAAAGACAGCAGGGAGGAAGCAGCUGACAGAAAAUAAAAGCCUCUGAUGUGAUUUGUAUGUGAUGCUGAGAGGAAAAUUUUGGGAAAGAGGGGAAUGAGCUGGGAGAAAGAGGCGUAAUUAGGCAGAGGGAAAAGGAGGUGGUGAGGAGAGGUAGGGGAGCUGGCAGGCUGGGUCCGUUGGCACUGGGUGAGUUUAAGCCGCUGGAAACCAUUACCGAGCCCCAACUUGAGCUGGUGACAUCACCUCCCUUCCUUUCUCUCCUGUCUCGUUGUACUUACUCAGUCCUCCAGGCCUUGAAAAGAGAACAGAGAGAAAGCACAGGCAGAAACACAAGUGUAUCACUUGUGGAGAUCCAACUUUUAGCUCAGAAAAGUAAUUGGACAGUAAGUUUAUGAGCUGCUCUGUUAUGACUCAAAAAGUGAAAAUGAUGUGAUGGAUAUUACAGGACUGUUCUGUCCCAAUUUAGAAUGGUCUUUUUGUUCAUCUCCUAAUGUCCUAAAACUCUUUAGAUUCCCCUUCCCUCAGUUAAUUUAGAUAAACAAAACAUUUAACCACUCUCAGUAACAGUGCCACAUGCACACAAAGACAUUCAGAUAAAGGAUUUCCCACUUUGCGGCAGCUGUGAGAUGGUCCUGUGCCUGUUAAAGUCUGCAUGAAUGUGUUAGAAAUCGUGGCUCAUUGGUUAUAUCCAUCUCUUAUUCUGACAACUAAAUGACUGUAUAAAGGAUUUUUAAGACCAUAAUCUUGUUGUGUGUCCAGGUGAUGUUGAAAGCAGCUCCAUCCUUUUUAAACGUCUUCCAUCGCCUGCUGGCAUCCAUCAUGCAGGAGGGUCGACAGAGAGGAGACAGUGGCACAGGUAACACGCAUGUACCUCUUGUAAGAACUUUUUGGGACAUUUAUGAAAUAGACUUAAACUCCUAUUGAUGCCUUUUUAUGAUAUCCAAAAGCAAGGAAAAAACACCUGCAACAAGACUGAAAUGCCUGAAAUUGCUACAUGGGUUGGUGAAGAAACAGCCCCGUUUUUAUAGAUUUCUCUUAAAAUAUUCAGAAUAUUUGACUGUAAAAAGCAGGAUAAGAUUUUUAUUGGUUAAAGACACGAUUCAAGCAUGUAGAGGAUAAGAUAAGCUAAGACCAAUUUGCCCACAGGGGCACUGAAGUUGACACAAACUGAAACUUCCCCACAGAGCUUUAAGUGAAGUAUAAUGUUUUGGUGUGCAGGGUACUGUUUGUGUAAUAUUUGUUGAAUUUAAGUCCGUUGUAAAAGCAUGGAGAGGAGUUGUUAAUUGAAAGUACACAUGUAAGGGGUGGGCAGGUCUUGCCUAAUUCAUGUAGAUUUCAGUUUGGAUCACCACCUGCUCUCUAUAUGUUACCCUGCUUAUUACCAGCUAAAAACUAAUGUAAUAAACAAAUUGACAAAAAUAUUGAUUCAGAGAUCAUUUUAGUGAUUUAAAAGUGAGUUAUGUGACCUGUUAAAAAGAAAUAAUCUCUGAUUUCCCCUUUGUAAAUGCUGCCUUAGAUUCUGAUCAGCCUUCAUGCAGCACAAAAUAACAUUGAAAUUAACAUUUCAUGUUAGACAAGGUGAACAGGAUUUUUACUGGAAUAUUUGUAUCGACAUUUCUGUCCUCUUUCGGCUCUCCUUCUUCCCAAGGUUUCACUUUCAAACAUAUAUGAGUUACAUGUCACGACUUUUAACAUUGUGGCCAUCUUGCUUUUAUUGUUUAAGUCACUCAUAGCAAUUAAAAACUUAGAGCUGAACUCUGCCGUCAUUGUCUAAUGGGGUUAACUUGCUCUUCAGACUGCUCUCACACCUGUCACCAGUAAUUGUCAUUAUUUCCCAGCUUCCUUGACCAGCCUGAGUCAAGAAACUGAUGUUUUUGCCACAGUGUCAACAGGCAGAGGUGUAUGUGUCAGACUCCUCUAUAGGGAUUGAUUUUGUGAGAUGUGGAUGAUCAGGUUGCUCCUGGCGUUGAGAGUUAGUAACCAUUAUUAUGGGGUUUUGACCAAUCAGGAUCAAGUAUUUAACACAGUCAAGUAAUGAAUGAGUUAUGAUGGAGUAGUUUCAUGUUAAGUGGUAUGUAGUCUUUUUUUGUGGCUUAAUUUUCUGUCCUUGUAAGGGAAGGAUAACUAAAGCAGACAGGUAAAAAUUUGAACUGCAUGAAUUAAGUCGGAUUAACCUGACAGUCAGUUUGACGCUGUGUUUAAUUUAGAGAAGGAGAUUCGUCUUUCUAGACAUUUUCUGUUUAAAGAAGCAGCUGGAUCUGGCAGUGACUUUCACACGCUUUCACAGUCCAUUACAUUUAAACAGCCCUUCAGAUAGAGAGAAACGCUUCACAGCCUGGAUGCUUUUUCAAUCUAAUUUACGUGUACUCUGUAAAAAUCUGUUGCAAACCCUUGGCUUAGUAAACAUUGAAGUAAUUAUUUACACGCCAGUGAAUCUGCUCUUUUAGUUGAAGUAUCUGUAACUUCUUUUUGCCCUUUUUUUAGCGUGUGCACCUCUUUUUCUACUCCUCUAAGAACAUCAUUUAUUCAUUUGACAAACAGUUAAUGCCUUAUAAGUGUGAACCAAAUGAGAAAAACUGUCACACACAACAAAAAUUUUCCAAAGGGAAACGACCCAAACCACUAAGACUUGGAUUUCUUGCCCUCUGUGUGUAUUGACAUGGUGUCAAAGUCGACUUAACCUCGGAAUGAAUGAACAUAAACCUUUUUUUUUCUUUUCAGGACCAGACAGUGACGUGUAUCUGCAGUGCUCCAGACUGAUAGAGAGGAUGUACUCUCACGUCGCAGCCACGGCUGAGAGCUUCACCACACUGUCAGCCUUCAUGGUGGCUCAGUAUGUCACAGAACUGCAGAAGGUACACACACACACUCACAUAAACACACAAGGCAUUCUGAGUUGUGGUAUCUCACAAAGUCAACAAGAUUCCUCAUCUAAACCCAUCUGUCAUUCCUGGUGAUUUUCUACAGCUGUUUUUGACACAGUUUUACACACAUACACACAAACACACACAUUAACACACACUCACACAUACGAGGUAGUAGGAUCUCAGCUGAUCCCUUGAUCCAGACUAGUUUGUCAUUGAGCUGGCACGAUUCAGCCGAGUGGAGUGAUGGGAUGCUGACGCUCAGGAGCAGAGAUGGGGUGGGGGGGAAUGUUGCUAUUGGCCGGGUGUUGGAUGUUCACAGAUCUGGGCGAGCAGGUCCAGGAUUACUGUAACUCAGCUUGGAGGGAACAUCCAGCCUGAAGCCCCAUCCAGCACGCGGUGAGUCAUGUCUGGCUGGUGAACGCAGCUCCUUUCUUGCUACCAGACUGUAUUUAUCUUGGCGCCAACCUGACUCAGCAGUUUCCAGCAGGGUGGCACAUUGGGAGAGAGAGACAGGCAGGCAGACAGAGAGACAGAGGCAGUGAGAAAAAAAAGGCCUCUGUGAUACUUAUGAGCUCCAUGUGAGUCAUCCAAUAAUCCUGAAAUUGGAUUUAAAUUGUGAUUUAAUAGGUCUUUUCAGAGAGAUGGACCUCUUUGUAACUCAGAGGUCAUUGAGCCGUCUCCGUGUCAGAACUGUUCCUAAUGAGCUGUCGCCUGGACUUUCCCUGCAGCAGACAGGUGUUAGAAGAAGAGUACAGUUUUUAAGCCAGCUUAGUCAGUGAAUCUAAGCACUUAUCUUUCUCUUUAGUAUGCUUAAAUUGUUUUUGAAUUGGAAACUUUAUUGGAAAACUUUAGUACUCUUUAACACUAACGUUUUGAGAGUGUUUUUAAGUGUUCGCUUAAUGAAUGUGUGAGCGAAUGAAUGAUGUAUCCAAUGUAAAGCGCUUUGAGGGUCUUUGAUAAAGUGCUAUAUGAAAUCUGAUGCAUUAUUGCAUUAUUAUUAUUAUACAGUCAGAGCCCAUGUCAAAACAUCAAUUUUUACAGCAGAAUUAAACAUGUGAAUGUUAUGUAUUAUACGUUGUGAGUGACAAGGCAAGGUGUGCCAGGCAGCGAGGGCUUUUGCCUCACUUCUUCUGCUUAGCCUAUUUUUAGAUGGCCCAUAAGUUUGUUUGAGUCAGCAUUUCAUAUAUGGUGACAACCACCCGUAGACUUUAAAACUUCCCCAGAAACCAGCGGCUGACAUCAAUGAAACCAUAACCUUUAUUUUAUAGAGGUUUUAUACAGGUUUUUAUGUACUCACACGUGCACAGACGCAGUAACAUAGAGUUUAAACAGACCUAAGAUCCGGGGACAGUUUGUUCCAGUAAGUGACAGCAUUGCGGUUAACCUUAACCUUUGGUACGUGCUGGCAGAUGUCUAGUUUGCUUUCAUAUGGGGAUAAACCAAUUAUUUACAUGAAAAGAAAUCAGGGUAGUUUCAUUUUUUUCUUCAUUAUCUUAAUCUAACACUUGACUUAAUGAACUGACAUUAAUGUCAAUGUCUUAUAGAAUGAGUUGCCACUUUCGUAACAGCUCUACAAAUGUGUCACAUGUGUAGUAAGACUGCAAACAAACCCAGACUGGAAAUUUAACUAACUUUGUUUAAACAUGCUGUAAACACACGUCACAAGUUCACAGGAGGUUUCAAUUCGACAAGGCAGCAGCAGAUGUGAUCUCAGCUCCAGGAAGAAAAUCCUCCAAUUAACUGUAGACAGUGUUAAGUAUUAGGAGAACUCAUCUGAAGAGUUUGUUAAUCGAACCACAAAGGCUUUGUAAGCUAUCGAUAUCUUUCAAAAUGUCAACUUUGUUUCAGCAAGCAUCAGAGUCUAUAAAGUGCUGACACUUUCUACAACAUCAUGGAGUGUAAUGACAGCCUGAGCCCCUCUUACUCUCAGUUAUGAAGAGCGCCGUUCCACACCACAUCUUCUUAAUGAUUUCUUUGGAGAAAAUCCAUAAAAGGCUGUUCCCUCUGUAUUGUGACUCCUGUAAUCAGGGGAGCGAGGUUUUAUCUCAUUAUUUACAACGUACAAUGACACUCACAUGCUGUCUGUGAUGGUGUGUGCGUGCGUGUGCGUGUGUGUGUAGGGUCUGAGCACUCCAGUUCAGCUAACUGUACAGAGUCAUGGUGUGUGGCAGGUGUAUGUACCUGUGGGGUAUAAUGUGACAGGGAUGAAUAGCCAAACACUGUUGAAUGGGUUUGUCAUGCAGGGUUCACUGAGCUCAAGAGGAACUGUUUGUUUUUCCUGGUUUUUGUGUUUGCACAUGCAUGCUGAUGAAUACGAAGUGUUUAUCUUUUUGGUUACAGUAUGACGGCUUACAGAGUCACUGCGGUCCAAGUAACCUGCCUUUUUUAAAUAACUGAGACGGACAAGAGUAACAAAGGGAAAUGAAGCAAGAGAGUGACAGUGACACACCUUUGUAAUUAACAUUUUACCAGGAUGUGACAUGCUGUCUGCCCUUUGACGCUGCUCAUAUUUGUAGAGUAUGAUAGAUAAAAUGUUGUACAGAAUGAUUUAUUCUGGCACAUAAAGUACAGCCUGAUUUUUCUCCAGGGCUGUUGGUCCAUCUAUCUAGAGCCCUGUAGAUAUUGAUUGACAAAAGAUCCAUCAGUAUCUAUAGAUAUUAAAAAUUCAUCCUCUGUUUGACCUUUAACUCCUCUUUCUGUUUGACAUAUUGCUGGUUCUGCUCACGUCUCUGUGGUCUCUGCUGCUUUCUCCUUUUUAUUCAUAGGUGUUGUUGUUUGUCUCUCCAGGUUACUCUGCGGCCUGACAUCAAGCAGCAUCUGACAGAGGGGAUCUAUCGGAUACUGGACCUGUGUAUGGAGCAGGAUAUCAAGUUUCUGACGGCCGGGUUGCAGAUGGGAGUGAGGGAGGUGUUCAAUGAGCUGUACAGCAGCUACACACACUACCACAAAGCUCAGAGACAGGGAGAGGACAAGUACACUGUUUGA